AUGCUUUUGCUCUCCGCGUUUGUCUCUGCAGCUUUAGCCCGCGCAAUCAGUGCUGCUGUUGUUCCCAGCAAAGCUUCUUCCUUCGCUGGUUCGACCUCUACGUUCCAAUUUCCUCCUGCAGAUGUGACAUCGACGGCUACUCUCAUCAAUAGCUUCUUUCCGGAUGCAUCCGAAGUUGGCUUUGCAGGUCCCACACCCACUGGUGAUGAGGCGGAAUCUGUUGCCACUGCUCCUGCUCUUUCUCCAGUCAAAGGUUACUUCCCUUUGGUCAGGCCAGACACGUCCGACAGGAAGGGCAAGGAUUUCAAUGUCGUUGAAUCAUGGGCAAAUUUAUCCCCGAUGCAGUCUGUGAAGUCGUUUGGUCUUGACAACGCAACGGAGAUGAUUCCGGAGGGGUGUAAAAUCAAUCAGGUGUUUCUUCUCCACCGUCAUGGUGCAAGGUACCCGACUAGCGGAUCGUCCCCUUCCACAUUUGCUGCCAACGUGCACUCUGCGGCUGGAAAUGGCACCUUCAUCGCCACGGGACCACUGGAGUUUCUAAACACCUGGACUUACAAGCUGGGUGCCGAACUUCUAACUCCUUUCGGCCGCGAACAAUUGUUCAAUCUGGGUGUCGGCUUCCGUGUAAAAUACGGGGACUUACUCGAGAACUUUACUGGAUUGCCUGUCUGGCGUACCACUUCAGAGGCCCGCAUGGUUGAUUCCGCUCUUCAUUUUGCUGCCGGAUUCUUCGGUGUACAGUCUUACCAGAGCAGCUACCAUCAAGUCAUUGAGAUUGAAGAGGAAGGAUUCAAUUCGACUCUUGUUCCCUGGGACCAAUGCCCGAACGCCAAUAACGACAUCUACACACUUGGGGAUGAUGCCACCAAGGCCUGGAAUAAUGUCUAUCUGGUUGAUGCUCAAAAACGUUUUGCUCAGUACCUUCCGGGUUUCAACCUGACCAUCGAUGACGUAGCCGGUAUGCAAGCACUUUGCCCCUACGAGACUGUCGCUCUCGGAUACUCUGCUUUCUGCGAUCUUUUUACCGAGGAGGAAUGGAAGGGGUUCGCCUACGGUAUUGAUUUGAACUUUUGGUAUGGUGAUGGUCCUGGAAACCCUGCUGUGAGUGCUCAGGGCAUUGGCUGGGUGCAAGAGCUAGUGUCCCGCCUAACCAAAACUCGAAUUACGACAUUCGAUUCCACUCUCAACGGGACAAUUGUCGGUAACAACGUCACUUUCCCGCUCGAUCAGCCAAUCUACGUUGAUGCCUCUCAUGACACUGUCAUCUCCGCGGUCCUCCCCGCAAUGAAUUUCACUCUCUUCGCUGCUGGAGGCCCUCUUCCUCUUGACCACAUUCCUGAGAACCAGACUUACAAAACUCGAGAGAUAGCCCCUUUUGCAUCCCGUCUUGUUGGACAAGUUCUUUCCUGUCCGGCCUCUGACACCCCAACACACAUACGGUGGCUUCUUAAUGAUGGCGUCCUUCCCCUAACCGGAAUUCAAGGCUGUGGGUACGACUCGAAUGGUCUAUGUGAAUUCGAUACGUUCAUCGCUGGUAUGAAGCAGCGUAUCGAGGAAGUCGACUUUGUGUUUGAUUGUUUCGCAAACUACUCAUUGUCUCUCGACAAUGACACGAUCACCAAUGGCCAAUUUCCCCAGUGA